AGCUGAUAGGUAGUCCGAUUAUUUUUAGGUAAACUAUUGUUGAUGUUGUUUAUGAGUUGAUUGUUUUUACAAGUUGUCGUUUGUUUUAUCAGUACAUUGUAGGAUUCAGUAUCGAUCAAUAUCAAUCAAUUUGAUUUGAGUCGUAAUCAGAAUAGUUACAUUAAAUUGCACAUGAUAGUGCUAACUUAAAUUUGCUAUUGAUAACAAAGAUUAGUGAGGUAACGUUAACUAGCCAUUGCCAUCUCAAAUUAAGGCUAGUUUUGUUACAUGGAUGAAGUUGUGGACCUCAGUUAUUCUAGUCACCGCCUCACUGAUGUGUCUGAUGAAAGUCUCAAAAUUAACUCACCACCUGAACAGUUCAUGCAAUUCACAAACUUUGAGGAAUGGCAGAAACAAGAUGUUUUCUUGAAGGCUAGUAACACUAUAGCAGAGAGUGAGAGGUAUCAACAGGCUGAACAUGAAUCUGUGGACAGACAGAAAGCCCGAAACUCUUACAAGUGUUCCUUCUGUGGCAAAAUAUUUGGGAACACAAAUGCACUAAAUAAACACCUUUUGACACACCAGUCAGAACGACCGCACGUCUGUUCCAUCUGCCAGCGUGCAUUUAAACGUCAUGAUCAUCUGACAGGCCACAUGUUGACACACCAGAAGCGGAAGCUGUUUCAGUGUGUAGAGCCAGGCUGUCAGCGAAGCUACUGUGACGCACACUCCCUGAAGCGCCACUGUCUGUCUCAGCAUGGCGCUCAGCCCAAGCCUACGCCAUCAGAGAGCACAUCCACCCACUCUGCCCUCCACCCUGCAGCACACUGGGAAGCCACUGCAGAGGACGCUCCAAGUGCGCAAAGCAGCACUGACCAAACUGGCUAUCCUACCGUUUACAUUUCUGCCCCAAAAACCGUCAUCCAGACCAACACCCAGUCCGCAGGCUCGGAUUACCACGGCUAUGUUAAUUACAACAACUACUCAGGGUUUUCUAAUGUGGUCAGAGGACAUGGAGUGGGUCAGUUCACGGUUGAGAGUGGCUCUCAAGAGAAGCCCCUGGUAAGCCGGGAUCAGUGGAUCUCAGGAACUGCCAAAAGUGUGUAUGCCAUGAGCAGAGAUGAAGUGGUGACCUCUCAAGAUAUGCAGGGGUCUUCACAGUGGCCCGUGAGUCUAGAGCCAGGGCCGAGUAGUGUCAGCGGAGCAGAGGCUGCAACAGUACAGACUUAUGGGGCGGACGGCAUUACCGACUCCUGCUGGGAAAACGCGCUGGAAUUUCCUGUGACAGACCUCCAGGUCCUCGAUAGCAUCUUGUCAUUUCAGUCAUCGCGGGAGACGGCCAACUGCCACAUCGAGGACAAGCCAGUGUCUUCGGAAGAUUCCAGUCAAGCCAAACAGAGUCAGUAUGUUCAUGUAAACCAAAGUCUUACCCAGGUCAAAAAGAUUAAGUCAGAGACUUUACCUUCGUGGCCCGUCUCUGGCCCUGAAUUUAGCACAGCAGCAGACCUCCCACCACCUGCCCCACAUUCUCAAUUGAGUGUACUAGAAGAAAUGCAUGCUGCUGACCCUAAAAUGGUUGACAAGGCCAGGAAGAGGGUGCGAAAGAAGAAGAUCAGAACUGACGAUGUCCUUCCUUUGCCCGUUUGUCACGAAGAAUCCGUUUCCCGGCGGCCACGGUCCCGCCCUGAGUUCCUUAUAUCUCCAAGCCAGGUAGCGAUGGCUUCUUUCAGCUCAGAGAGCGCACCCUACCUGUCCCUUAAGAAGGGAGGUAGUGUCUCUGUCAUCACUCGAGCAGACGAAGGCCAGGAGUCUUGUGAAAGGUCAGACUGUGGAGACCUCUCUGAAGAUAGCUUUUCCUGGGCUCAUCCUGCCUCCUCCAGGGCAGGAGAUAAUGUGGACUCUCACUCCCCAGAGUCACCCUCCUCUGUUCAGCAUGGUCAAACAGUGGAGACCACUGCUGAUGAAGUGUCGGUCUCCCAGUGGUCACCCCAGUAUUCCGAGAAGAAGUGUCUGUCACCCCUUAUCAUCCCUGUAUCCGUACCUGUCACGAAAGGCUCAUCGGAGAACAGCAUUCACCAGAGUUUUUUGCUAUCCACUGACGAGGCAGCUCAGUCGGUAGAGGGAGUGAAAAAACCCCGCCGACUGGAGUCGCUGAAAACCCUUAUCAUUCCCGCCCCCGGUCAGCCCCAGCAGCUGUUGGAGCAGGAGGCCUUGGCCAGCCUGCGGAUCCGUGCGACAGGAUGCUACCUAAGCCAGCUGCGCUCCCCCCCAUACUUGGCUGGCCAGCUGAUGAACCCCGACCUGCAGCGCGCCCCCUACACCCCCCCACCGAUGCUGAGCCCGCUGAGGCCAGGAAGUGGCCUGUACUUCAACAAGCUGCCCCAGCAGCAUCCCUGUCCACCCCUGGCCAACUCCUUCAUCAGUGCGAUGGACAGAAAAGAUGGCAUCUCUAUGGUAGUGGAUGACACCGUUGUUAGUAUUGAGCCGAGGAUCAACGUGGGCUCACGCUUCCAGGCGGAGAUCCCGCCUUUGCGCAACCGGCUGCUGAUGCUGUAUGAGGAGCAUCCCGCCCAGAUUGUUUGGUUGCCAUGGGGAGACAUAGCCAGUAAUACAGACACACAAGACAGAGUUACAGAGUUCCUGAACAUGUGCUGUUCUAGUGUUCUACCGGGAGGGGGAACCAACACGGAACUAGCCCUUCACUGCCUUCAUGAAGUGCAAGGAGAUGUUCUGGCUGCUCUUGAUCUUCUUUUGGUCAGAGGAGAUUAUCGUUCCUCCUCGCACCCCUUGAAUGACUAUCAGUAUACAGGGUCAGACUUCUGGAGUGCCCAAGAAAAGAAAGUGUUCCGCAAAGCUGUGAUCACAGAGAAUAAGGACUUCCUGCGUAUUCAGAACAUGUUGCAGAGCAAGACGGUGUACCAGUGUGUUGAGUAUUACUAUGGCAUGAAGAAAAUCAAGAAAUUCAAACAGCGCACGCAAGCAGAUAAAAAGGAAGGAGGAGGAAUGGAUUCUACAGAGUCGCCUAAUGGUCCUGACGACCAGCAGGGCAGCAGAAGGGGGGUGCAGCGUUCCCUGACCAGACAGAGGCCCACACAGCAGCAGCAGACGGCUGCAGACGCCUCUAUGGAGUACACCUGUGAGGAGUGCGGUCGGAGCUUCGAGAAGGUCAGGAGUCGGAGUGCCCAUAUGAAGACCCACCGACACCAAGAGCGGAAUUGCUCCAUGGCAUACAGCUGGCCUGCCUGCAACAGAGAGGCAGCCCAACAGCCUAUCCCUGGAGGAGAGCUCGCUGGCACCUCCGAAUCAGACUCGCAGUAACGCAGGAUUCUGCAUUUUUACAACAGCAACAUGUUUUAAUAGCAACCAAACGUACAUUACAAAAGCCACAGAUUUCAAAUUGGCAAGUAAAAUGUUCAGUUCAUGAAUAAUUUUUACAUUUUUAAAAAGUACUUAAACGAAAAAACUAAUUGAAAACAGAUAUUUAGCAGGACAUAAUUCAAAUGUCAAAUAUUUUUAGCUGAGAAUAAUUCAAAUUAAUGUCAAAUGUUGGCUUAUAGUAGCCUUGAAAUUUGGAUUAUUUGGAUAACUAAAAUGGGCAUGAUGGGCAAUGGCAAUGGGCAUUUAAAUUAUGGUGCUUUUAAAUAUAAUGUAGAAUCAGCUGUUGUUCAUUCUGUUCAACUUCAGUUUGGUGUGUAUGUUCCGUUGGGUUGCUGCAUAUGUUGAAUUUGAGCUUUUAUGGCCAGGUUAAAGUGAUCUCAUGAAAAACUCUCUGAACUUUUUAUUUAUUGUAUUUUACUUUUUUAUUUAUUACUUUUCUGCUUUGAAUUUAUUUAUUGGUUUGAAAUGAGACGGCUGUACAGAAUUGUGUACACAAAUAUAUUAUUUGAUACGGUCAGAUUGAAACUGAAUUUUUAAGUGCUCACAAUUGUUCAACAUUGUUUUCUUUUACUUCAAACAGCACUAUAUUCUUAAUAGGGAAAAUGCAGCAGAUUUCUGGGUGUUGAAAGAUGUU